UUUUUAUCUUUGUUUUUAAUUAUUUCUGGGUUUGAUAAUUUCAAUUGAAGCAAUUUUUAUUUCAUUUUUUUUAUUUUUCGGCCCUGCUUUGAAGUUUGAAUGCUUUGUGUCUGUGUCUUCUGGUAAAUUUUUUAUUUUUGUUUUUAAUUAAUUCUGGGUUUGAUAAUUUCAAUUGAUGAAUUGAAGCAAUUUUCAUUUCAUUUUUUUUUUUUAAUUUUUCGGCCCUGCUCGUGUAAUCAUGUUGCAACAGAGACAUUAACAGAGACAUUAAUUUUUUAUUUUGGCGAAUAAUAUCUGGAAAAGUGGAAAUUCUAGACUAUUGCACGCUAUUAAUCUAAUUAGCUGUAUCGUACAAAUGUACAAUUAAUCUAACAUCCUACAAAUACAUACUGUGGUUGUUUAGAUGAAUGGCAUUCAAAACAGAACAAUGCACAGCUAAUCAAUCAUAAAACAAAUUCAAUCAAUAAUUAUAUACGAAUGAAUUAAAAUUAUACAAUCAUCUGACAUCAAAAUUAAAGGAAUGGAUGCUCUAAGAUUCGUAAACAUAUAUAGCAGAUUUGAUUGAUAUACAGCAGAUGAGAGACUAAUUUUGUAUCUAACAAUUUUAUUCGUAAACAAGCCUGUUGAUGAUGUCCCUAUUGAGAAUAAUAAUGUUGAUGUUGAUGAUAUUAAUAAUGUUAAUGUUGAUCUUGUUAGUGAUAUGCCUAUUGCGGAGAAUGUUGAUGAUGUGGAUAAUAUUUUUGAUGAUGUGCCUAGUGUUAAUUGCAAUGUUGACGAUGUGCCUAUUGAGAAUGAUAAUAAUGCUGAAAAUAUUGAUGAUAUGCCUUCUGAUAAUGAUAAUGUUGAUCACCGUGAAACUAGUUAUGUGCCUAAUAUAUAUGAUCCUAGAGUUUGGGAUGGUCUUGAUUCUAAAAUGAUUGAUUUAUUAGUGAAAAAUGGUCCUAAAAGAGAUAAUUCUAUUGUGAAAGGUCCUAAAGAUAAAUCUUCAAGACGAUUUACGGCUAACUUGUAUACUAGAUUUUUAUCAAACGGUGAGAAAUGUGAUAGGGAUUGGCUUGUUUAUUCCAAAGAGCUUGAUAGAGUCUAUUGUUUUUGCUGUAAAAUAUUUAAAAAAGGGAUGGAAAGAGGACAAUUGACAAAUGAAGGUUUUUUAGAUUGGGGGCAUGUAGGCUUUAGACUUAAAGAGCAUGAGACAAGCAUAAAUCCUGUUAAGAAUAUGACUACUUGGUAUGAGUUGCGUCUUAGGUUUCAAAAGAAUCAAACUAUUGAUAAGACGACUCAAAUGCUAAUUGAAAAAGAAAAAGACCAUUGGAAGAAAGUAAUGCAAAGAAUUAUUUCAAUUGUCAAAUUUCUUGCCAAACAUAAUCUAGCCUUUCGUGGUUCAAAUGGGAAACUAUACCAAAAAAGUAAUGGUAAUUUUUUGGGCUUGAUUGAAAUGUUGGCCGAGUUUGACCCAAUCAUUCAAGAACAUGUCAACCGUAUUACUAAUAAUGAUAUUCACUUUCAUUAUUUAGGUCAUACAAUUCAAAACGAGUUAAUACUUUUGCUUGGUUCUGCAAUAAAAAAUGAAAUCAUUAGAAAGAUAAAGCAAGCAAAAUAUUUCUUGGUAAUUCUUGAUUGUACUUUCGGUGUUAGCCAUCAAGAGCAAAUGUCAUUGAUAUUAAGAUAUGUGAAUGUCUCUAAUUGUAAUGUUUGCAUUGAGGAAUCUUUCUUAGGAUUUUUUAAUGUAAAUGAUACAACUGGCCAAGGGCUUUUUGAUGUUUUACAAAAUGAAUUGAAAAAUCUUGAUCUUGAUAUAAUGGAUGUGCGAGGACAAGGCUAUGAUAACGGAUCUAAUAUGAAAGGAAAACAUCAAGGAGUUCAAAAGAAAUUUUUGGAUUUAAAUUCUAAUGCUUUUUAUACUCCUUGUGGUUGUCAUAGUUUAAACUUGACAUUAUGUGAUAUGGCUAACACAUGUAGUAAAGCUAGAGACUUUUUUGGAGUCAUCCAACGUAUAUAUACAAUUUUUACAGCUUCUACUAAGAGAUGGCAAAUCUUGAAAGACAAUGUAAAAGGACUAACUGUUAAGUCUUUGUCAUCUACUCGUUGGGAAAGUCGUGUUGAAAGUGUUAAGGCUAUUAGAUUUCAAAUGUCAGAUAUACGAGAAGCUUUACUUCAAGUAGCCGAUAGCAAUGAUAAGGAUUACAAUAUAAAGAGUGAAGCUAAAUCCUUAGCAAAUAAUGAGCUUGGUGAUUUUGAGUUUUUAAUUGCAAUAGUAAUUUGGUAUGAAAUAUUAUUUGCAAUUAAUUUAGUAAGCAAGCUAUUACAAUCAAAGGAUAUGCUUAUUGAUGUGGCUAUUAAAAAAAUAAGAGGGUUGACUUCUUUUUUUGAGGGGUAUAGAGAAACUGGUUUUUAUGAUGCUUUGAGUAAGGCUAAUGACAUUGCUAUUGAAAUGGAUAUUGAUCUUAUAUUUCCCCAAAAGCGUGAAAUUAAAAGAAAAAAAUAUUUUGAUGAGAAUCCAAGCACUUCAUCAAAUGCUCCUCUAUCUCUAGAAGAAUCAUUUAGAGUUGAUUACUUUCUUUAUAUUGUUGAUCAAGCUAUUAGUUCUCUUUAUAAAAGAUUUGAGCAAUUUGAGGAAUAUGAAAAUAUUUUUGGUUUCUUAUUCACUCCUCAAAGGAUGAAGCCAUUGGAUGAUUUAAGUUUGAAAUCCUCUUGUUUGAAUUUUGAAAAUGCACUUAUGUCUAAUGAAAAAUCAUAUAUUGAUGGGAAUGAAUUAUUUGUGGAGUUGAAGUUGCUUAAAGAAAUUUUGCACAAUGACAUAAAAGGACCUUUUGAUAUUUUGAUAUUUUUGAAUGAUGUGGGUUGUUUUCCUAAUGCUACUAUUGCAUAUAGAAUUUUGUUGACUAUUCCUGUGACAGUUGCAACUGCAGAAAGGAGUUUUUCAAAGUUAAAGCUAUUGAAGUCAUAUCUUCGUUCUAUGAUGCUACAAGAAAGACUUAAUGGAUUGGCGAUGAUAGAAAUUGAGAAUGAUCUUCUAGAGAAAGUGGAAUAUGAAGACUUGAUUGAUGAUUUUGCCUCAAAGAGCGUUAGAAGAAUAUCACUUUUCAAAUAAAUAGAAGUUAAUAUAGCUUAAGUUGAUAUGAGCCUUGAGUUGUAUUUAGUUACUAUUAUCAACAUGAAUAAAAUAUCCGAAUUUAAUUUUGUGUAA